GCGGCCCUAAGGAUGGAUCGGGCUCGGUCUGACCGUUCCGGUACCAGGCCCGGAUCGCCACUGUGCGGUAUCGGCCCUAACCGGCCGGCCGGGCCCGGGACUGGGGCCCAACCCGGGGGUAAGGGGUGGCAGGCUACGGGAUAGGGUAAUGGGCGACCGGCCCGGCCGGUCCGGGACCAGUCUGGGCCGGGUUUUGUUUUAUUUUUUUUUAUUUUUGGGUUUGCUCUUCGACUAGGUAGGUGGGGCUGGUGGUUUGGGGGUGGGGGUAGGAAUUAAUUUGAAAAGCAUUUAAAAAAAAUUAAGAACCGACCGGGCCCAGUCCCGAAAGCUACCCAGGCCGAUACCGGGCCUCCACUACCUAAACCCAGUCCCACCCAAGGCCCGACCCGCACCCGGGCCCGGUCCAUCACUAACCGGCCCUACAUACUUGUACUCAAUAUAUCAUACGGAGUACAAAAUUAAGCUAAAGAAAUGUAUCAAAAUAAUGUGCAUUUUAUAACUUUUAUUGUUAGGAAUAUGCACAUCCAACAUAUAGAGUUAGCUUUAGAGUAUUACAUAAUUUUAAGUUCUCGAUCACUUUAUUAUAGUUUAAUUGAACACAAAAAAUAAAGAAAUUCCAUGCAUAUACUCCGCCUUGAAUUUUGCUCGGCUCCAAACAAUUGGGAGACCAAGUCUUUGUUUAGUCGUUACUACUCUUUCUUAAAGGUGAAUAUCUAAAAUUUGACUUCUAACCACUCUCCAUUCAUUCUCAACUUAAUAAGACAAUAUAUUUAUAUGCUACUCCAUGUAUUAAACAAAAGUUACCUCUCGUUCUCUAUCUCUCCUUCCCUAUUCUUUUUAUACCUUCCAUUCAUUAAAACUUAAUUAUAGUUAGUUUGGUUUUGGUGGUGGGUGGUGGAGGGAUAGAGAUGGAUGUUCUAGAGGAGGUGGUCGGAGGUUCAAAGGAUCUCUCCCACCACAUUGUCAAGGGCAAAAGAACCAAACGUGUGAAGCCCCAUUCUCCAAUCUCUUUCACCAUGAACAACACUACUCCAACAUCACAUUCGUCCCCCGAAGAGGAUGACAACAAUACUGCUUCCGGAGCAUCUGCCUCCGGAAGCGGCUCCGCGAUGUUUCGCCCUGGAACGCCCACCGCGGACGACGAGGAUAUGGCUCGGUGCCUCAUGCUCUUGUCCCGAGGUGGGAUGUCGAAGGAAGUAGAAGACAAUGGCGGUGUUUAUAGUAACACUAACAACAACAAUAACAACAAAUUUUGUAGCAAGAAGUAUGUAGAGGCAACCACCGUGGGCGGUGGCGUGAAAGUUGGGAUGUACGUCUACGAAUGCAAAACAUGUGGUCGCACAUUCCCAACGUUUCAAGCGCUUGGGGGACACCGGACAAGCCACACAAAGGAAAAGCCCGCGUUGACGAUCGAGGCGGCGAAGAGGCCGGCGGCAUCAGCCUUGUACGAUGGAGGCGACGAGGAUUUCGAUCCAACGCCCUUCAACAAGACCCCGAAACUCUCCCCUUACUCCUCCCUCCAUUUCCAUGAAUCCACCACUAAUAAGUCUUCUCCGAGAGUUCACGAGUGCUCUUACUGCGGCGCGGAAUUCACAUCCGGGCAAGCACUCGGCGGCCACAUGCGACGCCACCGUGGCGCCGCCGUCACUGCUACUGCCGCUUGCAGCAUAGACAAAAGGGUAGUCCAGAAGGUAAACAAUGACGAGUGUUUGAAUUUGGAUCUCAAUCUCGCCCCUGCAGGAGAUAAUAGCAAAGAUCGUCGCCGUCUUGGUCAAGAACAGCCGGAAAAUCAAGAGCAAUCAGCCCCACUGGAAAAGUCAACGCCAUAUUUGACCGCCACCACACCACUGAUUGGCUGCAAGUAUACAUAUGAAUAAAAUUCUUAUACUACGUAUUAUAUUUGUGUCUGUGUAUAUAUAGAUAUAAAUUUUGGCUUUAUUUGGUAAUUUUUUUAAACAUUGACUAAGCUCACAUACCUAUAAGAUCAGACUAUUUUGUUUUGUUCCAAAGAAAUAUGACUUAUUUAUUACUAAUAAUUGAAUAAAUGAGUUAUAUUUUGGGAAAUUUCUGAUGGUACGUACUAUUUGAGUUUUUGUUUGUGGUUCUAUUCGAGGAAUUUUUAAAAAUUUUAAUUUACUUUGUUGUCAUUUAACCACAUUAAAUACUGCAUUAGUUUUUUAAAUACGGAGUACUACGUAAGAUCGACUCUUUGAUUUGCGUUGCGUUCGAUAAAAU